AUGGCUUUAUUAGUCUAUGUAGAUGAUAUCAUAUUAGCUAGCAAUGAUGCAAAUGCUAUUUCGGAUUUUACUUUGUUUUUGAACUCCAAAUUUCGUCUUAAGGAUUUGGGUUCUGUUAAGUUCUUUCUUGGUUUGGAAGUGGCUCGUAGCAAGCAAGGGAUUUCUUUGUCACAAAGGAAAUACACUCUGGAAAUUCUUCAAGAUUCUGGUCUUUUGGCAGCCAAACCAGUACCUUUCCCUAUGGAUUCUAAUCUUAAGCUAUCACGAGAUGCUGGAUCACUUUUGGAAGACCCUACUUCCUAUCGACGGUUGAUUGGUCGUCUUUUGUACUUAACCAUAACCCGUCCUGACAUUGCCUAUUCAGUGCAGGUCUUAAGCCAAUUUAUGAGUUGUCCACGCCAACCUCACCUUGAUGCAGCCUAUCGAAUUCUUCGGUAUCUCAAAACUGCUCCUGGACAAGGUCUGUUUUAUCCUGCUGCUUGUGAUUUACAACUCAAGGCUUUCUGUGAUAGUGACUGGGCUGGUUGCAUUGACAGUCGAAAAUCUACUACUGGUUUUUGUAUUUUUCUUGGAGAUUCUCUUGUGUCCUGGAAGUCCAAGAAACAAUCCACAGUGUCCCGCUCUUCUACUGAGGCAGAAUACCGCAGCAUGGCUUCCACCUCUUGUGAAAUCACAUGGAUUUUGUAUCUUCUACGAGAUUUCUCUAUUCCUCAUUCUCAGCCUGCAUUGUUGUUUUGUGACAGUACUGCAGCUCUUCAUAUUGCAGCAAAUCCAGUUUUCCAUGAAAGAACUAAACACAUCGAUAUUGAUUGUCACCUUAUUCGUGAACAUAUUCAAAAUGGCAUCAUUCGCACAAUGCAUGUCACUAGUACUCAUCAGCUAGCAGAUCUUUUUACCAAAGCCCUUGGAUAUCUACUUGGUUUCGCUGGAGUUCUUGUGGCACAACUCUCCCCGUGGUGCUCGCCGUCAGUCUCUGAUCCCGUCUCCUCAUCCUCCGAUGGUGUCGAACCUUCACGCUCGGAGCGUGGGUUACACGCGCCGAGGUUGUUGCUUACGCGUGUGGGCCACGCGCCUUUUUCUGGCCGUCUGGAUGGUGCUUUUCGGGAAGAGUUGUUUUCUGGUUGCAACAAGGGAGGCCCGGGUGCAGUGCGUUUUGGUUUUCAUUUGAUGGUCAGGGAGGAUCCUCCGUUUGCCGGCUUUGCGUUUUGUUACUGUUUUCUGUACAUUCUUGCUUCCUUUCACAGCUGA